ACAAUGAAGAAAACUAAGAGAUUAUGGAAUUAUGGACAGAGAAUUCUGCAAUACUUUAUUGUGAUGAUUGUUUGGGAAGCAGUUUCUGGGCAGAUCCAUUAUUCCAUUCCUGAAGAGAUGCCAAAAGGUACUUUUGUAGGAAACAUUGCAAAGGACCUGGGAAUGGAUGGGAAACAACUUUUAGAUCAUGGACUUCGUGUUGUCAUUAAUGCAGGUACAAUUCAAUAUUUUCUUCUGAAUGUCAACCGUGGGCAUUUAGAAAUUUCCCAAUUAAUAGACAGAGAGAAAAUAUGCAAAGAGACAGAAAAAUGCAUAAUAAAAUUCCAGAUCCUUAUUGAAAGUAAACUAAAACUUUAUGGAAUUGAAGUAGAAAUCACAGAUAUAAAUGACAAUGCUCCUCAAUUUCCCUCAAAGGAAUGGACAAUGAAAAUCAGUGAGAUGUCAGCAUUAAAAGAACAAUUUCUUUUACCAAAAGCUCAAGAUCCAGACCUGGGGAUAAAUUCUGUGCAAAACUAUGAACUCACAGCCAGUAACCAUUUUUCUCUGGAGAUGCAAAGAAGCGAAACUGACACCAGAUCUAUUAAACUAGUAUUGGAAAAAUCACUGGACAGGGAAGAGCAGUCAGUUUAUGAUCUGAUCCUUACAGCUUUUGAUGGUGGCGAUCCCAUUAGGUCUGGCAUAGUACAGAUUCAUAUCAUUGUUCUAGAUGCAAAUGAUAAUGUACCAGUUUUCAGCCAACCAAUCUAUGAAGUGAAACUCAAAGAGAACCUGCCCAAAGGAUCCACAAUAACUACAGUAACAGCUUUUGAUAUGGAUGAAGGAACCAAUGGAGAAGUAAAAUAUUAUUUUGAGGAAAUAAACAAGAACAAUCAAAACAUGUUUCUGUUAAAUACGACUUCAGGGGAAAUUAUCCUUGUGGGGAGCCUUGAUUUUGAAACAUCGUCAACGUAUGAAUUUGAAGUGCAAGCCAUGGAUGGGGGUGGGCUGAGUGAUAGGUCAAAGGUUGUGAUUUUGGUUACAGACUUAAAUGAUAAUGCACCUGAGUUAGCCAUCACCUUUGUGAUCAACUCGGUGCCUGAGAACUCUCCAGCCGGGACCGUCAUUGCCAUUUUAAAUGCCCGAGACAGAGAUUCAGGAGACGACGGAGAGGUUAAAUGCUCAAUUCCCAGCAACCUCCCUUUUCGGCUCAAGAAAACAAUGGAGAGUUUCUACAGUUUAGAGACAGAGAAAGCCCUUGACAGGGAACAAUUGCCAACUUACUCUAUUACUGUUACAGCGGUGGAUGAUGGGGCACCACCACUCUCUACAUCUGUGGUUAUUUCACUCCAGGUGUUGGACACAAAUGACAAUCCUCCACAGUUUCUGGAAUCAAAAUAUACCUCCUACCUUCUAGAAAAUAACCCAAAAGGAACCUCAGCCUUUUCCCUCAAAGCAAGUGACCCAGACUGGGAAGAAAAUGCCAGAAUAACUUACUCCAUCACUGAGAGCCAAAUGAGGGACUUGCCCCUCUCCUCCUACCUGUCCAUUAAUUCUGAGACAGGGACCGUCUAUGCCCUAAGCUCCUUGGACUAUGAGGAGAUUCAAGAGAUUCAGUUCCAGGUCAAGGCUCAGGAUGGAGGAUCCCCAUCGCUCAGCUCUAAUGUCUCGGUGACUCUCUUCAUCCUGGACCAGAAUGACAAUGUGCCAGAGAUCCUGCACCCCUCCCCUCCCGCUGAUGGCUCCACUGGGAUAGAGCUGGCCCCUCGCUCUUCUGAGCCAGGUUACCUGGUCACUAAAGUAGUGGCAGUAGAUGCAGACUCUGGCCAGAACGCCUGGCUCUCCUACCAGCUGAUCAGAGCAACAGAACCAGGGCUCUUCACUGUGGGACUGCACACUGGUGAGAUCAGGACUGCUCGGCUUUUUCUGGAGAAAGAUGCCCUGAAGCAAAUCCUGGUGGUUUUAGUGAAGGACAACGGGCAGGCGCCUCUCUCUGCCUCAGUCACUCUCACGGUGGUUCUGGCUGACAACAUCCCUGAAAUUCUCUCAGAUCUGAGCAACAUUUCAGCUCCUGUAGAUCCUCAGUCAGACCUCACAUUUUAUCUGGUGAUUGCAGUGGCGUUUGUCUCCUGCUUGUUUUUUACUUUCCUCCUUGUCUUAUUGGCCAUCAGAUUGUACAGGUGGAGGAAUUCGAAAUUGUUAGAGUCAGGAAGUAUACAUUUUAGUGGUGUCCCAGUGUCACAAUUUGUUGGGAUGGAUGGAGUCCGAGCCUUUCUUCAGUCGUACUGCCACACUAUUUCACUCACCAGAGAUUCUAGAAAAAGCCACUGCAAUUUUCAUGAGGAAAACUGUUCAAAUACUCUGACCAAUCAACCUCUAACCUGUGGGGCAAGUGACCCUAUCCUAGCCUAUGGAGAUUUAAACUUGAAGAAUGAUGAGCAAAUCUUAGUUAAGGUGAGUUUAAUAUUUCAGAUUAAUGGUGUGUUGUGUUGAUCCUAUAAGCCC